CUUGGCCCACGAGGCAAAAGGGACCUGAGAGACGGCGAGGCGACUGACUGAGAAGGCAGGCCGAGCGGGCAGGCAAGGUGAGGGGACCGGACUCCACCCUCACCGUUCUGACCAAAGUCUAUCUAGGCAGGCGGCGGCUGACAAUUUGCCAACAGCACACCGUCUACACUCGAUCCCCGUGAUCCUGACCCUGCGAUCCCUUGAUUUGAAGCAAGUGGCAACGCAAGCUGAAAACAGUCGAGAGGAGACACCGGGGUCGGACGAGGAGAUCAGUGGCGCGCUUCCCAUCUUGUUGGCAUCGAGGCGGCGACGGGCAUCAAGCAAGCUUAGAUGACCUCCUGGCAAGCAGGAUCGUCUCGCCAACGACUCGUCUCGGUCUCUCCUUGCAGCCUCUUUGCUUUUGACCACGACCAUCACCCACGCGGCUAUCAGCGGCAUCGAGGUGACAAUCAGCACCUGUUAAGCCUCGGGCGCAAUGACAAAGGCAAAGCUGCCGCCAAGGAGCCAGCCUCCCUCCUCGAGGCCACCGCCGCCGGCAUUCCCGGCACCUCGAGCUCCUUCGCCCCCUUCGACACAGUCGCCAAGUCAAGCGCCCUCGUCACUGGCAGGCCACCCGCACGAAGCUCUCGUGGCCGACGCGGCCGCCGUGGCAGCGGCAGCGGCGGCUGCCAAGAAGAAGAAGAAGAAGGGCAAGGCGAAAAAGACGGACGAUGGGCUCGAGUCGCUUCCUCCUCUGCACCCCCAUGGCUACGGCCAGUCGCCCUCGGGUCCCUUUACCGCAACAGCCCAGGCCCAGGCCGACCUUCUCUCGACGGCCAGCGAGCUGUACAGGAGAAUGGAGGCGGACCCCCAGGGGAUUCCCGACGACGACGCCUACUGGACCUCGUUGCCCGCCCACCUGAGAACAUUCAUCCGCAAUGCCCUUCCCCUUGGUCAGCUGCCCGCAUCGGCGCAAGCGGUCGCCAGCACAAACGACGCCAAUUCACGCCAAGCUUCGACGCAGGCCAUGAUCGCCGUCGCGCAGCAGCUCGCGCAGGCGGCGCACGCUUCGCAGCGCCACCUUCAGCAGCAUCCACCUGGCCCGAAUUCGCACCCUUCUUCGGCUUUUUCAUCGGUGCCCUUUGAUCCUUCGGUGUUUGCCGACCUAGCUCUGCAUCCAGAGCAAGCCUUACCGCUUCACCCUCACCCCAAUUCGUCACCAAACAGCCCUCACGCACAUCACAACAGCCACAACACCAUCACCGCCACCAACAACAGCCACCUCCAUCAUCAUCAUCACCACCACCUCCACCGGCACCAGGCUCACGACGACGAUCUUGAAAAUGCCCUGUACAGCUCCGCCGCGGCGGUGCCGAAUCCACCGCCGACUCGACCGCCAGGAGAGCCGCUGCCGGCGCCAGUGGUCCUGGUCAAUGAAUACGGCGAGGAGAGGGGCGAGUUUGAAGACGAUUACUAUUCGGAUGAAGAGCUCGAUGCUCACGAGGCUGCCUCGUUGGACGGCACACGAGAUGGCCUCGGCCCGCUCAGCAACGGUGCCAAUGGUCUCGUGGCUCCUCCCUCGGGCGGCGGUGGCGGCGGUGGUGGCGGCGGCGGCGAACAGACUUCGACGAAGAAGAAGAACAAAAAGAAGAAGAAGAAAAGCGGGGCCACCGAUCUGGCUGCUGCACCACCGCCGCCUCCCCCGCCACCACCAUUGGCGCCUCUCCUGUCCCCUCAGAGCCUGGCGAAUCCCAAAGCGACGAUACAGAACAAUGCUCCGACAUCGAAUGUCAAUGCCCUACACCCGGCGAGCAACAACAACCACCGGACUACUUCAACGGCCCCACCAGCGCCGAGCUCCAGAGCGGCAGGCAAGCAGCCAAUGACUUUUUCAUCUACAGCUGCCGGAAAGGCGCCUGCAGGCGGUCGUCACCCCACAUCGGCCAACGGCAUCGGUCACGGUCACGGCCACGGCCACGGCCACGGCGCCGUAGCAGCGGCCACUGGAGGCUUGGGCAAACGGACGGCGUCGGUGGCUGCCGCUGGUCACCCUGGAGGCCCUGCCUCCGUCAACGGGGUUGUCACUGGUGGUGUCGAUCGGACGCAGCAGCAGCAGCAGCAGCAGCAGCAGCAGCAGCCUCAGCAGGCACCAAAAGUCUGGUCAUCAAGCAGUGCAGAAGAGCGCGAAAAAAUCAAGGAAUUUUGGCUGUGUCUCAAUGACAAGGAACGACGAUCGCUGUUGAAGGUGGAGAAGGAGGCGGUCCUUCGUAGGAUGAAGGAGCAGCAGAAGCACCUCUGCUCCUGCCGUGUCUGUGGCAGGAAAAGACACGCCAUCGAGGACGAGCUCGACGUCCUCUACGAGGCCUACUACGUGGAGCUCGAGCAGUACGCCAGCCACCAACAGCAGUAUGCUCACAGCGGAGGAACCAUUCCACCCCCACCUGGGCCUGGUCCAUUUCCUGGUAGCGUGGCCUUGGACAGCACGGGCGCCGUCAUUGGCGGGAAUUCCCUCUCGCGAUCGUCGGCGACGGCACGAGGUGCGACUCAAACUCGAGGUGCUGGCCAACCGCAACCUCUGGCGCCGACCGGUAAGAAGGUGACAUCGCUUCCUCCCGAUGACGAUGAGGGCUACGACGAUGAGGAUCUCGAAGACGAUGAAUAUGAAGAUGAUUACGACGACGAAGAGGACGAAGAGGAUGACGAAGACCUCGAUGAGCCUGAGACCAAGGCUAGUUCUGGUCGUCGCCGGCCUGCAAACGCGACGAGCAAGGCUCACUCCAGCGGCGAUUCGUUCUUCAACCUCGGCUCUUCGCUUACUGUCAAGGGUGGGUCAUCAACUUUGCUUCAUCUCUCUUCCCCCUUGCCCCUCUUCCCUCUUCCUAUGAACAUCGCAUGACUAACUCGGCUCGCGGCCGCCCCCUUUUUCUUUCUUUGUCUCUCCUCUCCUCUCCUCUCUUCUUCCCCUUGCGCUUGCCUUCGCUUACCUCACCGGCUCUUCUCUGGGCCGAUUGUGACCAGGAGGCAUCUUGACUGUCGCCGACGACCUUCUCAGAAACGAUGGGCAGAAGUUCCUCGAGAUGAUGGAGCAGCUGGCUGAGCGUCGUUCGAUUCGAGAGGACGAGGUC